AUGAUUUCUCUCCUUAAAACUAGUCGUGAUGGCAGCAUUGCAAAUCGUAAUUUAAAAUCUAAAAGUAUCCGAGGGAGCACGAUCCGCGGAUGUAUAAGUAGUCUUGUUUUCUCGUUGCAGCAAUGCCAGUCGUUGAAGAAGGAAAACCGGAGGUUGCAGAGCGCCUUUCUGCAAAACGUCUUUCUUCAAGCGCGAGUCGACACGCUCCAAUGGCAGGUCAAACAGGUCGAAUCAAACAGGCAAAUGUAUCGUUCUACGAUGGAACAGGUGGCUCAUUUCUUGGGCCGGGCUCACAGGAGUCUGGAGAUCCUGCAUGCCAAGGAAAAUUCCAAGGACAAGAGACGUGUGCCGCGUAGCCGCAGCGUGCACACGGUGGUGCACGCGGAUCCGUCGCCGAAUCGCGGAACCGCAACGCCAUCCUUGUCGUCGACGUCCUCGCCGUUCACACGCGCCAAAUCGGUCACGCAGAUCGGUUCGCCGAGCGCUACCUGCUUCCGCGAGUUCACCUGGUCGGUUGUGCGAAGAAACGACCCGGUGCACUGCACAACGCCACGUGUUAAGCCACCGCUGGAUCUCAGUAAGAUAAACGACGUUUCCGAUAACGUCGUUUAUCGCGAACCCAAACAGACGGAACUGAACCCGGAUGAGAUACCGCCGGAGAAGUUGUCUCAGGAGGCGUUUAGGUUAUUGAGGACCGUCGAGUCCUUGCUGUCGAUGCGAGAGCCCGAUUUGGUGAGAAUGACGCCAGUCGAGGAAAACGGAUCUUCUCCUUCUCCUACGGUGGAUCACCAUCGUCAUCAUGACACGUCUUUCUCCCUAUCGAGCAGUAACUUCGCCAAUUCGACAACCUUACAAGAGGCCACAGCCUCUUCCGAAUGCUCCAGUAGCAGCCGCGGAAACGAAUCGAGAAGCGGUCAUCAGGGCGACAGUAGAUCGCCUAGCCUCGUCAAAACGUCUGUCACCGAGUUUACCCGAAAUUUGCAGAGCUUCGUACCGAGUGUGAGAAGGUCGCCUGACACUGCCUCCUGGAACUCGAGUAGCAGUAAAACGACAGAAGAGGAGGACAUUAUUGCGCUUGCCGCGUCAUCAAAUGAAGUUACGUCCAACGGUACACCAAUUUCGACGCUCAGCAAGGCUACGAAACGACUAGAGAAGAAAGAAUCUACAGGUCUAGCUGGUAAAUCUAAAGUAAAGCCGGCUAGCAGUCCGGUGAGCAGCGCCGAAGGCGAGAGUGGAUUCUUCUCGAUCAGCUCCUUCCAGGAGGUAGGUCUGCCUGCUUCGGCAGCCCUAUCGAUCACGCCAAUCAAAGGCUGCCACACCGAGGUAGGUCUUCCGGAAGUGCCUCUGGACAAGACUAGGCACCGACGGUGGUCCUCCACGCCAGCGGAGAUCCAAGCGCUCUUCAAACAGCAUCGAGCGAGCAUCGGCGGCAUGCCGCAAACCACCACCGAAUCCGUCAGCGUUUGUUGGGUUUGAGUGUCGCGGGUGCCGCGCCGAUUAUGAUCCCACCGCAAACAAUCGUCAUGGUUCAGUCGGAUCUCGCAGACUCUACUAGCUCGGACCACGAGCAUGAUUUUCAGGAAUAAUACUUAGAUAAAUCGAUAGAAAAUAUUCAUACGGAAAGGACAAUUCUGUUGAAAUGUUUAAAAAUUUA